AUGUCUGGACUCCCAAGAUUACCGAGCAUCGAAGAAAUGCUCCCAGAGCGUCUUUUCGAGCAAGCCCAGCAGCCAAGGAGCGGACGAGUUCCAUCAGGACGCGAGUCCUUGCAGUCUCGGGCGCCUCCUGUGCAAAGCAAUAAUGCCGCUUCGGCGAACCCCUCCGCCAUGCUCAUGCAUGCUCGUCCGUCGGCGACUCACCCCGAACACUACCCUCAAGCAAAUGACCCUCGGACUUCCAGACGAGAUGGACGGUUAAACGCGUGGCCUGUUCCUGCGCAAGAACGAGGGCCAUACUCUGUGCCGUCAGACAACAAUCAGCGGAGGGCCUUACCCUCUACCUCCCCCAACGAGCAAUCCUCUUUCACCGAAAACGAAUCUGACGGGGACAGCGAAGGAUCUCGAGGACAGCGUCACCCGCGUGGAACUGUCCACGAAUGCGACGUAUGCGGACGCCAGUUCAGCCGCCCAAGCAGCCUUGCUACCCAUUACAAUAUACAUACCGGAAAUCGACCAUUCGAGUGCCCGUAUCCGAACUGCGGAAGGCUGUUCUCAGUGAACAGUAACAUGCGGCGACACUACCGCAACCACUUUCAGCCCUUGCCCGAAGAGCGUCCGGGCCUUCCGGCCGGGCAGAGGGUCUUCAGGCUGGACCAAUUCCACGGUUACAACAACGUGCCCAACAUGCCCUCGACGAAUGCCCCGACUCCGCCGUUCGGGCAGCUGAUGCCUUCGACUUCGAACACGUCGAUCCAGCCAUCGACGUCGUCUUUCACCUUCGUCGAUUCAUCCGCGACCGCCGCGAACGCCCGCAUGCGCGCUCCGAGAUAACUUGGUUUUGUAAGAAUGCCGCCAAUCCCUAGCCCAACUCAAAGACUCUUGUAGUGAACACAACUCCUAGAUGCGACUUAUUUAUGUUACCUAUGGUGGUGUGUUGCUUUCGUAAAUUAUCUCCGUAUUUGAUCCCUUUGUACUGCGCCAGACUAUAACGA